CCAAACCUCCACACAGUCUCCUCAGUCGACUCCUCCAAAAAAGCAACCCAGUUAAACCUCGGCCGCUCUACCUUCCCCGCCUCGCCCCCCCUACACAUCCACAUCCAACUCAACACGUCCGGCGAAGCCUCGAAAUCCGGCGUCGCCCCCGGCCCUGACACCAGCUCGCUAGCCCGACACAUCGUGAACGAAUGUCCGCAUCUCAAGCUCGCGGGCCUCAUGACCAUCGGCGCUAUUGCGAGGAGUAAGGCGACGGGGGAGGGGGAGGAGAAUGAGGAUUUUAGGGUCUUGAAAGAAGAGAGGGAUAGGCUGGUAGAGGAACUGGGGUUGGGACGGGGAAGGGAGGGGGAAGGCGGAUUGGAGUUGAGUAUGGGUAUGAGUGAGGAUUUUGAGGGCGCGAUUGCUAUGGGGAGUGAUGAGGUCAGGGUUGGGAGUACGAUUUUUGGGACGAGGCCUGCGAAGGAGGAUUUUAAGGUUAGUGGGGAGGGGAAGGAGGAGAAGGCGUAG